AUGAUAUCAUUCUUUAUGUUUAUAGCCGCAACAUUGUCAGUUUAUCCUGACAACAUCACAUUUCCUGCUUACUACUGGCAUUUCAAAAUCGGGAUAAAAGGCACAUAUGGAACCGAAAGAAACCAAGGGUAUGAACUUAAUGUUCCAAGUAAUAUUGGCACAAAAUGUUUAACUGUCACAACAGGCGUCUCUAUGAUGAUGCAAGGUAAAGAAUUGAGUAUAUAUGACAAUUCAGAAUGUGAUCUAUAUAGAAAAACAUAUAUGAACCAAGAAGCAAUAUGGAAAAAUUGUGGGAUAUGUAAUGGGUUUGGUGUGCUUGGAUACGGGUUUUCUGCCAAUUAUGUGUUGGAUAUACCCACACCGAUAAUAGGACAAAUACUUGCAGAUACCGACAAACCAAAUUGUCCCACUGGUAAUUAUGUCACAAAUUAUAUUCGCGCGACUACAACUGAUUUACUUUAUAACUAUAUGUUUGGUGGUGCCAAUAAUGUUUUGAACUUUGGAUUUAGAAUAAAUCAGACCGAUAAAAGUCAUAUAAGAGGCGAAUGGCUUGACAAAUUACCUACUGACAAAACUGCUCAAGUGUUAUACAGCAUCGAAGAUAAAAAAUGUACCAACAUCGGUAAUCACUGGAUAAAAAUUCAAUUGGAUACAUUUGAUAUUAAUAAUUGUGAAAUUGUGAUCAAACCUGGAGAAUGUUACAAGAAAAGAAAUGAAGUAACUCCUCCCAAACCAGAAAAGUCUGAAGACUCUGAAGAUUAUUCAAAACAACCAAAUUCAGAAGAAGAAAUUAACACAAAUUCAGUAGUGCCGAUAUUAGGUGUCGUAUUUGCAAUUGCAAUUAUAUUUUUCAUCUAA